UUGCCAAUAACUAAUAUUCCAAAGUCCAUUGAAUUAGUUACAUCACCAGAAAAGAACGAUAAAGCAACUGUAACAUAUGUGUCAGAGGAUAAGAUGUUUUUGAUUACUGGAACUUUAGGAGGUUUUGUACACAUCUGGUCAUUUUUACAACCAUACCCAUCAAGCGAGGAAAAACGUUUAAUAAGCUCAUAUUUUAAAGAAAGAGAAAGAAGAAUGAAGACCUUGGGUUGGAGUAAUAUAAACGGUAAGCCAGACGUAAGUUUCAAGGCCCAUGAAUCAUCAAUAAUAUCUCUGCAAAUAACACCAAAGAUGUUUUCAAGAGGGAAAAUAGAUUAUAUUUUAGUAACAACAUCUUUAGAUAGGACACUUAAACUGUGGAAAAUAUCAAAAGUAGAUAAAAGCCAAAAUAAGUUAAAAUUGAAAAUUAAUGAAUGCGAAUAUUCCAGUGCUGGGAAUGGCAAAGAUAAAGGGGCUAGAAUAGAAUUGAUAGGGUGGUUUGAAGAUUUGGAAGAUAUAUUUGUUCACGCAUCGUUUAUACCAAACACAGGUAAUAAGAUCAUUGUUACGAGAUACAUGGGAUGGGUAGAAAAAUUUAAACUAGAUCUACUGGACAGCACAAGUAAUAAAACAAGUGAAAGGAACAUGACAAGCAUUGCAAGAGUAUAUACUGAUCAGUCACGAAUGGUAGGAAGUAUCUCAACAAGUUGCAACUAUUAUGCAGUAGGAGGAGUAUCAGGAAACGUAAGUGUGUAUGAUGUUGAAACGCUCCAGUUAUUGGAUAGUUGCGAAUGCAGAAAUGCAGAGGGGCCUAAUAGCACAGGAAAGGAUGUUACAGGAAUAGAUUGGAACAAAAAGGACGACUUCAUGCUUGUUACAACACUGGAUUCGAGAAUAAGACUACUAUCAUUCAAGAAUAAAUAUUUGACAAAUGUUUACCCAGAGGAAUAUGGAAAUCACAUGAAGUAUGGAGUUGAUAACUCAUCAGCCAGGGAUAAAAGACUGAGAUACGUGGAGAAGUUCAAGGGUCACACAAACAGAAAAAUUUACUAUAAAGCGAAGUUUUUUGGGACGAAUGAGGAAAUAGUAAUGUGCCCAUCAGAGUCAGGACACAUCUACGUAUGGAAAAUCGAAAGCCCAUUGUACAAUAACAAUCAAGUAAAAGGAGUAAAAGUUAAGGAUGAGGAGGAAAAGUUAAAUUUGGACAACGGAGUAGUAAAAAAUAAAGAUUUCUAUGGAUUUAAAAUAGGAGAAAAAAGUUUGCUGGCAAGUUUAGAUAUAUAUAACGUGAACGAAUGGGACAAGCUGUUGAAGGUGAUACUUAGCUCACGUAGAAAGGAGGCGGAGGAGGGCGAAAGGAAAACAUGUUUGAUCUGCAGAAAGACGCCCAAAAACGAAAACCCGUGCCCAAACAACGACGUACUAAUGGUAUCAUCGCAGAACGGGAGUGAAAUAAAAUAUUCAGUAAUAGAUGUAAGGUACUUCUAA